GAGAACCAACAUAGCUGUACAGAAAAUGAGUUUUGGAGCCAGUGCAAGGAGUGCUGGUGGAGUGCCUGUAUUGUGGGAGGAGGUUGAGAUGUCUACGCCUAGCUGUCCCAGUACACAAGCCACUGAUGAGGCAAAUGGGCUUGAUCCUGAACAGAUGCAAAAGGACCAAAAGCCUCACUCUCGUCGUCUUGUGAUACUCAGAGCACAUCAUGUUAGAUGUGAGGCUCGUUAUGAGGCGGCCUGUGUAAAGACAGCAAUUGAAGAAAACGAGUGGACGUCUUCUCUGCAUCAAAAAGGUUUAAUGCAAUCACAACAGUCAUCCAGCGAGAGUGACGAUUCCAUCAUCCUUGGUCCAACGCCAGCUGCAGUAAUCCAGGACAUGAGCGUGCCAGAGCUCACAAGAACCAACAGUGUGAUUGUAAGUUUAUCUACAAGCGUCAUUGACACUAAAAAGGAGGGUGACUCAACUGAGAGGGAUGCUGCAACUUCAUCUUCUAGAUCAUCAGGUCAGUUUGGGGUGAGAAGGAGAUGCACAACUAAAGUUGAAAAGAACAAAGAUCUGCCUUCAGCCAAAGAAAGAUCAGAUGACGAGGUACCAGUGGCCAUUGAAGUCUCUGGAAACUCUAACACAACUAAAGGUUUCUUCAAAGAACUAUUGUAG